ACCUCCACCGUCCACCGUCGUUGUCACCACCGUGGCAGCACUCAGCAUCAUCUUCUCGUCAGGGUCCAUUCCCGUCUCGUCCUUUCUCCGAGGAUUCUUCCAAAUCCCUCUUCCCAUGACGAAGCAGAAUGUCGCGCCGGUCGAGGCCGUCGCCGCCAUCACUGUGGCGAGAUCUUCCCCCUUGUUCCCCUACACGCCACCGCUCGCGCUCCGAAAAAAGUUCCUUCCCCAAAUUGAGCUCGAAGGCGGGAAGGCGGGCUCUUGGUGGCUCGACUCCAUGAGGGCCUCCUCGCCCACCCAUGCCAAGGCGACUGCCGCCGCCACCGCCGCCGGACCUAUCGUCGACGCUGUCCUCGACGAUCUUUCCGAUUUGACUAUGCGGCGUCCGUCGGCUUUGAGCAAGUUCGAUCAAAUCGUGAGCUCUUCCAAUGGAAAGCAGAUCGUGAUGUUCCUGGACUACGACGGAACUCUUUCCCCCAUCGUGGACGACCCCGACUCGGCCUUCAUGACCAACGCGAUGAGGAAGGCAGUGAGGGAAGUGGCGAGGGACUUCCCCACGGCGAUCGUGAGCGGGCGAUGCCUCGACAAGGUAAUUGACUUCGUCCGAUUGGCCGAGCUGUACUACGCUGGAAGCCAUGGCAUGGACAUCAAAGGUCCUGAGAAAUCCCGCCACGCCAAGUCCAAAGCUGCCAACGGAGUUUCUUUUCAACCAGCCAGUGAGUUCCUGCCCAUGAUAGGCACGGUGUAUAAAACACUACUAGACAGAACCAAGUCCACUCCCGGAGCCAAAGUGGAGAACAACAAGUUUUGCGUGUCAGUCCACUUCAGAUGUGUGGAUGAGAAGAACUGGGGCGCAUUGUUCGAGCAGGUGCGAUCUGUGUUGAAGGAGUACCCAAAAUUGCGGCUCACGCAGGGAAGAAAGGUGCUGGAGAUUCGUCCAACUAUCAAAUGGGAUAAGGGGAAGGCAUUGGAGUUCCUGUUAGAGUCACUGGGAUUCGCCAACUGCAGGGAUGUAAUGCCGAUCUACAUCGGCGAUGAUCGCACCGACGAAGACGCAUUCAAGGUUCUGAGAGACAGCGGACAAGGCAUUGGCAUCCUUGUCUCAAAGUUUCCAAAGGAGACGAAUGCCACUUAUUACCUCCAGGAGCCAUCUGAGGUUAAGGACUUCUUGGUUCGGCUUGUGGAGGGGAAACGCCGACAGACGAAGGCUCGAUCGAAGGUGUAGAGAGAUUGGACACAAGCUGCCCCACCCACCACCUCUGUGAAAUUUUUACAAGAUGUGCUUGAUGGGGCUGAAUGAGACAGCAAUUCCAUGAUAUCUUUGUUUUUAGGAUCAGGUGCACCUCAUAAAGAGGUCCACCUUUUCUGUAUUCCUCCUCUUGUUCUUCCCUUUUCUCGCCAUUUUUAUUGGGUUCGAAAGCUCUGCAACUCCAGCUUUCUUCCCACCGCGCAAGCAGAUAAAUGUAUAAUUCUGAAAGAUGAAAUAACAAUUCGACCUAGCGAAAGCUAUUGAAUCAU